CCUCCCUCUCCGGCAGAGGCAGCGCCGCUUGCGGGUGAACAAUGCGCUAGGCGUCGUCUCGGCCGGCGUCGUUCCGCGCUGUGUCCCCGUGCCACGACCAUGAUGACGCCGCCGAUGGCCGUGUGCUCCGCGCUGCUCCUCGCCGUCGUCGCCGCGCUAGGAGCGGCCGAGAACGUGCUGGAUGCCAUACGCAACGACGGCGAGCUGUCCUCGUUCUACCAACUGGCGGAGCGGGUAAAGCUGUUCGUGGCGUACAGCGAAAGCACAGAUAUCACGUGCUUCGCACCCACCAAUGACGCCAUCGACAGGUUCCGCGAGAGCUACCCCAACAAGCCCAUCGAGGUCACCUACCAUGUCGUUUCGCUCAAUUUGGCGGAGGACAACCUUCCUUCGUCGGUGCCAACAAUUGCCAAGGGUUCACCGCACCUCUACCUCACCAGGGCGCGGGACAGGUUCUUCUUCGUCAACAACGCCAAGGUGACUCGGCGGAGGGAGCUUACGUUUGAGCAGUACAAGCAGAAGCUGUACGUGAUUGACGAUGUGCUCGAGGCAUUCAUUCCGACCAGCGGUGUGACACCGAACGCCUUCGAAUUCCUCAACCAGCCAUCCAUCUACAACCUCAACCAGAGGCUCGUGUUCUUUCACUCACGCGUCCAGAUGACGUACGAACAGAGCCUUUUCACUGAGGACGGCAUGCACACAUUCUUCGUUCCGGUGGACGACGCGGACCCGGCUAAGCGCACCCGUGUAGAGAUCGACAAAUACGUGGUUCGUGGCCACGUGAUCAAGAACCGCCGCCUGUUCACACGUACAAUGGGCAAUGAGACUUAUGAGUCGGCCGCAUGGGAAGACAACGCCGUCAAGGUUGAGCUGUCACUCGCAAACCAGUCGGACUCGGCCGGCGCCGAAUACACAUUGUUCGCGCAAAGCAACACCAUGUCGACCGAGCCGCAGCGCCAGAAGGGCGUGGUCUUGUCGAAGAUCGUCAAGCCCAACAUCCCCGUCAAGAAUGGCGUCGUCCACUUGAUCGAGAAGCCUCUCAUGGUCGUCGACACUUCCAUCAAGGACUUCUUCCACCGGGAGCGCCACGGACGCCUCGAAGACUUCAUGCGAUUAGUGGACUACUCGCCUGAUUUCCUGAUGGACCUGGAUGGAACCCAGCCCAAGACCGUAUUUGCGCCCACAAAUGAAGCACUGAAAGUGAUCCCAGCAAGCGUGCUGGACACACUGAAGGCCAACACGUCUGGACUUACGCAGUUGCUGCGGUUACACAUGAUCAAGAACGAGGCAGUGGCUUCUGACGAGGUGUUGGACGCGGGCCGCACUGGUAUCUUCGAGCGCGAAUCUGCCAGCAGCCGGCGUAUGCUUUACAUGCGAGUCGUCGAGGGAGAACACGGACGCACGUUGACAGUGGAAGGCGGCGGCGUGAAUGCCACUGCCGUUCAAGCGGACAUCGGAGCCACCAACGGCGUAAUCCACAUCAUUGACCGCGUGCUCGGAAUGCCUUCGCACACAAUUUACGAGAAGAUCAGCAGCGACCCCGAGCUCAAGGACACAAGGCGCUUUGCGCAGCACAAGGGCUGGAUUGAACGGCUCAAGAACACCGACAAGCGAUACACCUUCUUCGCGCCGAGUGACAACGCCUGGCACGACAUCAAGCUCGAAUUCCCGUCUGAAUACAAACAGCUGUCCAUGGACCAGUUCGGGUACCAUGCGGAAAAAAUUCUUGAGCGUCACCUAAUAGUUGGAAGAGAAAUACCUCAAAUGGAGCUGGAGAACUUGAAGUCCAUUGAGACAGCCAGAGGCAAGAUGGACGUCCGAAAUGUUAACGGCAAAAUCCACCUGCUGUGGGAGGGCCGCGAGGCGGUCGUCGUGCGCCCCGACGUACAGGCCACGAACGGAGUCAUCCACGUGAUCAGCAAGGUGAUGAUGCUGCGCAGGGACAUGACUUCGGCGGCCGCCGCGCCGGCAACACCGGUCGCCGUGUUGUUGCUGGGGCUGGCCGCAGGGCUCGUACUCCGGACGCCGCGCGCCUGAGCCCCGCGGUCACCGCCACUCAUCCACACAUCCGACCACACAAACCCCACCACCUUCCUUGUUUUCGAAAUGAAAAAACCAUUUUGUUUUUGGGCAUAGGGUGGCGGCACGGUGACUGCGUCAUCCAGCAGGACACCAUCCUCAAAGGUAUAGAGCAAGUGAAUUUCCGAAACUUGCUGUACGACGACGUACUUUGUCGAGCAAGUCGCCGUGUCGACCCUAGGCCAGGGGUAAACCUCAUUUUCGACUCGUUCUCUUUUGAGCACGCGUGUUUCUGUACGUGUUAUGUUCGAAUGCUUAGUGUGGCGCACAAAGGAAAAAAAAAAAGGCAGCUCUCCGAGGAUGGGUGAUAAGUUCUUAACCGCUUAAAAAUAUCAGCAAACGAUAAUAUGCUUCUUGUCGAAGUUGUGCGCCGCGCUGUCUGUCUGCCGUUGGCUUUGGCCGGUUUUGGUGUCAUUAACGUUGACUUGGAUGUUCUACUACCACCCCCAUUUUCCUGUCGAGCAGUCUUCAUAACGAUCGAGAAAAAAAGACGCCCAUCUCUGGAGAUUGCCGAGUGCUCAGUGGUCACAGUCUUUAUACGCUGCAGCGCAAGGGAGAGAAGACGCAUGCCAAUAAUGCAACACAUUCCGUGCCCCACUUCUUCUAGCAGCCGGCUGCAAACAAAGCGCGCUCUUACGUGCUUGCCAUUGGAGUGGUGGGGAGAAAACUCGAGUGAACCGCGUCACGUGUCCAAAGGCCUCCGGUGAAGCGGCAGGCAGCAAACAAUCCCCGCCCGCAAGCUGCGACAAAAGAGACGCCCUUGCUUUGCUACCACGGUCACACUUUUUCUCCCAUUGUUUCACUGGCGUUGGUGGCGUUUUGUUGUAAGAGGUUUUUAGGUCGGCAUCUCCAUCACAGAUAUUAUUACCCUGUACAUAACGCACAUUCUACGGGGUCUCCUAGAAACGUUUUACAAAAUGGCAAGUCGAAUCUCGAAUUCUGUGCCGUUGCUCGGGCUUUAUAAGCACCUAUUUUUGUUUGCAGCAUCAUAGCUAAAUAUCACUUAUUUUUGCCAACUUGAGUCACUUGUUUUAUUUUUGGGGGCAGUUAUAGAUAGGAGAUAAUUAAUUUUUGUUCCUCUGUGAAUGACUCGGAAAUGAAUUGUGCUGGCAGCAAGAACGCUGUAUAGUCUAUGUGUGAUGUCAUGACGUUUGUGUGAAGCUUCCAUUUAAAGAAAGCUGAGCUCUAGAUGUGAUGUCUAGCGCGAAUAACCGAAUUGCCUCUGCCAACUUUACUCAAAUUGAAAAAGCGUUGCGUCGGAGCUGUUCAGGAAAUCGCUGACAAGGCAUAAUUCUUUCGGGAGAGAGUGCACGCUCACGUCGUGUAACGUCAAGCGACAGCGUUGGACAGUCGCUUUGAACAAAUUGCACUCGAGUAGCGUUUAAACAUGCGCUCAGAUGAUGUCACACCGAUUCGCUGCGUUUCACAUUUACUCCAAAAUCAUUUAAGCUUUGUCAGCUACUUUUUGGAAAUACUACAGAGAUUAAAACUUGUUGCAUCUCUCCCUUAAAAACAUCUUGUACAUAAGGAUAUACAUUAUAAGCGUAUAUCUUGUUCGCAGAGAUAUUUUGGUGGCUACCAUCCUUGGUGUAAACAAACAAAAAAAAAAACGUUGGUGUACAGUAGUGUCACUUAAUGUUAAGAACGUUUCUUUCUGCUCAAUUCAAAUUCCCUUACAAGUAUAGCAUAUAUGUACACAUAAUGCAGACGCUCUCUCUCUCAUAUGCAUAACUGUCUGUAUGGAAUACUCCAUUGUUCUCCCAUGUUUCUCUCUCUCUCUCGAGCUUCAAGUAUUCGUGUGGCUUUGUUCGUUUUUCGUGUCGGGGCGCACCUCGCUCAGCGCCUCGUCAACUGAGUUUGCCUUCCCCGUGUCGUGUGCCAGGGGAAAGGCGCCGCCCGGUCUGCGCCUCCAGGAUGUGUUUGCCUCCGAGGCGAUAGCUUUCUUUUUGUUUCGUGUCCUGGUAGUACCAAAGAAUAAAAGGGAACUAUGCUUCAACUAAGAAUACUAUUUUUCUGUCUGGGGUCACUGCCGGUGCGUAUCAGCCAGCCGAGAAGCGCGGCGUACAGCAUUCCUAAUCACUCACUUCCGUAUCGGACCCGGAUGGGUCAUGCGCGCUUCUUGCGUGGCUGAUUCGUGGGACAGAGACCUCGGUGUGAUAUGGGCGCUAAAAAUGCGACGCAUCUGGCCUGAAAGAAAACAAAUUCAUAUAAGCAGCGCUAGUUUACGAAUGUUUAACCUCCGGUCGUGUCGCCUCGAGCUCACAAGGGUUGCCGGCUGUCGUGUCGUCACGGGCGCGACAGCUCGGUCCCGAAAAAAACUGGUUGGCCGAGGGAUUACCGUGAGAGUCAAGAAAGCAGUGACAGAAUGCGAUCAGGUCAAGCAGAGAGGGUCUUUAUUUUUUUAUACACGUUGUUGUUGGUUUGUUACGAUAGUUGCUGCUAUUUAUAUAGACGCAUAGUAUUUCAUUUCGCUGUUCUUUUUUUGGUUGGCCGAGCGCCGUGUGCUGGUUGUCGAAAUCCCCUUGGGCUUCUCAGAAAUCUGGCCUCGUGGCCUCCACCACGCAAACGAAUCAGGGUGCGCACAACACACAGGGCACCUCUGGUUAUUUACACGAGAACAACACUGCCAUAUUUUGAACGCAUGUCGAACCAAGUGUGUCAAGGUGUGGGUCCAUCUAAUUUAAUUGUACAUCCCCAGCAUACACACAGAACGCAAGUUCUCCAUGAUUACCAUUGUGCGUUGCGGAGGAACAUGUUUUUUGUGCAAAGUAUGAGUGUAAACUGAAAGAUUAAAUAAAAUAGUGCUUCAAAUGUU